ACGCUCCAAUCGGGUUGGAACAUCGUUGAGCACGGUUGUCUUCCUGACUUGAUUGCAAGCGUCUUCAAUCGUGGUGGCAGACGUAGACGCAGCUGGGUGGCAGUGGACGUUGUUUUUUGUGUUGGAAGGGCGUAAUGGAGGGCUGCGAUGGGGAUGGCCGUGCUGUGCUGUCGAGGAUGAAGAAGACAACUGUCACGGCGGCUGCGGUUGACGUUUGUUCGUCGAUUCCAAGUGGAGAGGGUGGCUGGGCGCAUGAAGGCAACGCUUUCGAGGCGGCGGCAGAGGCUUCUACUGCAGAGGGUGUUGGACACCCCAGACUGCAUUACCACUUCGGAGGCCCUGGUUCAGCUGUGCGCUGCAAUCGGGUAAGGUGUGCUUCCUCCGGCGAUGCCACGUUGGUGGAUAAGGCGGAGAGCUGUCGGGACUUGGGAGGAUUUGCAGGUGUGACGUUUUACGGGGAGCCACUUGAGACGGAGCAGAUCGUCGCGUACACGCUAUACAGGUGGGCUACAGGAGAGUCGUACGACAACAGCACAUCAUCCUUCGGCAUGGGCAGGGCUUCCGGAGUUCGAGCCGUGUGCAAUGUGACAACCGCUAUGUUGAGGGUGUACGGGGACAAGAUAUCGUGGCCGACAGGGGUGCGGAAACACGUCGUGCUACGGGCGUUUCUGGACAAGGGUUUUCCCAUCUGCCAUGGCGCAGUUGACUGCACACACAUCUACGUGGACAAACCGGCGAACGCACCGAGCGAGAACUACUUCGACUGCAAGCACCGUUUCUCCGUCAUUGUGCAGGUGGUGGUUGACCUGGAUCAGCGCGUGCUUGACGCGUUCGUUGGAUAUCCGGGGAACUGCCACGACAUUAGGGUGAUCCAGCUGUCAAGUCUGUCCGGGCGCGUGGAAGAGGGAAUGUUGUUUCGUGGGCCGCCUGUCACGCUGCCAGGAGGGGUGAGGACGAACGGAUACAUCUUGGGCGACAACGGGUAUCCUCCUUCUGAAUGGGUGGUGGUUCUAUAUAGAGGAAUCAAUCAGCACCCAGACGAGGAAAGGUUCGACACGAAGCAGAAGGUCGCAAGAUUGGUUGUGGAGAGGGCGUUCGGGAGGUUGAAGGGGAUGUGGAGGCUCUUCCUGCGGACGCACAAGACGAACCUCGACACUCUACCGCAACAGUUCACGGUCGUCUGCAUUCUCCACAACAUCCUGCUCGACACUGGUAUCGAGUUUGACGAGAAUCUGUUGUGGGAGGUCGACGAGAAUGGGGUGAGGCGCCGACUGGACCUGGGGAUUCAUCAUCCCCCGCAGCCAGUGACGAUGUUGACUUCGACGCAUGCGGCACACACGCUCCACAAUGCGUUGGCGGAACGAAUGAAACACAUGUGAUCCUGCCUACCGCCUGCCUAUUUCUCUCAUAGAAGACUUCUUCGUUGACGUCGUGUUCCGCCAUCGUCGAUUCACACCGCUUGCGUCUUUCGCUGACGCUUGCAAUUGCUUCGGAGGGUUUGCCGUCGCGGACAGGUUGUUUUUAGGUGUUUGUUGUUGUAGUCGACAGUAGACUGCUUAUCCAGUUCGUCGAUCAUUGGCAGUGACGCGGCUUCAUUGUCGUUGUAGUCGCCGCAACGGUAGUGUGGUUGUUGUUUCGGACUUCCUUGUUGUUUUAGUGGGGGGGGGGAAAGGCGGGAGGUGAGGGGCGCCACGAAGCACAUCACCCGCCGCUGUUUUGCAUGCGCUUUACAGCGCUGUUUCUCUUCGUGCGUCCGACUGCUAUUCUUUUUUCGAGAACACAUGUUUUUAUCGAGUACAUGAAACGCCUGUCAUGUAUGUCGUCUGCACUUCUCUACGUUUGAUAAAGUCAGUUAGUGAAG